AUGUCUAAGUUUUAUUGUGACUAUUGUGAUACAUAUCUUACCCAUGAUUCUCCAUCUGUGAGAAAGACACACUGCAGUGGUCGGAAGCACAAGGAGAACGUGAAAGACUACUACCAGAAAUGGACGGAAGAGCAGGCCCAGAGUCGAACUCACAAAACAACAGCUGGAUUUCAACAUGGAAAGAUAUCUCCAGCUCCAUCCUCUGCUCCUCCUCCUCCUGCAGGGGCCAUGAUCCCACCUUCCCCCAGUUUCCCGGGUCCUCCUCGCCCUGGCAUGAUGCCUGCACCCCACAUGGGAGGCCCUCCCAUGAUGCCGAUGAGGGGUCCUCCUCCUCCUGGGACGAUGCCCGUGGGACCCGCUCCUGGAAUGAGGCUUCCCAUGGGUGGCCACAUGCCUAUGAUGCCCGGGCCUCCCAUGAUGAGACCUCCCGCUCGCCCUAUGAUGGUGCCCACACGACCUGGCAUGACUCGGCCAGACAGAUAA